AUGAAGGAGGCUCUUCAGCCAUUCCUGGAUGCAGCACAACAAGCUUCAACGCCUUAUACAACUGAAGGUCAAGGGUCAUUCGCGACGUGGUGCUCGGACAGUAAUGAAAUAAAAUUGCCACGUAUCAACAUACCUAUAUUCAGCGGCAAAUAUGACGAGUGGCAGACAUUUUACGACUUGUAUACAACAUUGAUACAUAAAAAUACGAAAUUAUCUCCAGUGCACAAACUCCAUUAUUUAAAAAGUAGCUUAAAGGGCGAACCUGAAGUAAUUCUUCGUAAUUACACCACGACAAAUGCGAACUACACUGAUGCUUGGAACGAGUUAAUACUGCGUUAUAACAACAAAAGAUAUAACUGUAAAGCUAUUUUGAGAACUUUUAUAUCACAAAAAUCUAUACAUACUGAAUCGGCGAGUUGUAUAAGGCAUCUAUUAGACACAAGUUCUACGUGUUUAAAGUCGUUGAAGAACUUAGACGUGAACACCGAUACAUGGGACUUAAUUAUCACUUUUUUAAUAGAAGCCAAACUAGAUCCAGAAUCAGUAAGACUAUGGGAACAACAACUGAGUACAUCUAAAUGUGAUAUACCCACGUGGCAAGAUUUAAGAGAUUUUCUGGAGUCUAGAUACAGAUCCUUAGAGAUGAUCGAAGCUAACAAGACAAAAACGUCACAACCGAAGCCAGUAGCUAAACCUAAGUCCUUUCAUGCGAAUGUGACCAAGGAAGGGAAAGAACGCGAUGUUAAAUGUAUGUUAUGUGGAGAUCAGCAUUAUAUAUAUCAUUGCAAAGCAUUCGCCGGUAUGUCUACCAAAGAAAGGCAGGAGAGUGCCAAAAGGAACAAACUUUGUUUCAACUGCCUCGCGCCAUCACACUCGGUGAACAAAUGUCGACAGUCAGCGUGUUGCAAACGAUGUGGACGUCGGCAUCACUCCCUUCUACACUUCGAGAGAGAAGAAAACGCCGAGAAGUCCAACGAGGCGACAAACACGGCUACAGGUAUCAAUCGUGAGGCGUCGCUAGGUGAGUCAUCUUCGUCAAUUAAUGCUGAACAUAUUGUAUCUAAUUUUUCAACUAAGCAUAUUCAAACAAACACGGUGUUAUUAGCUACUGCUAAGGUUUUUGUUAAUAGUAAGAACGGUUGUAAACAUAUUAUUAGGGCCUUGCUAGACCAAGGGUCACAAGCGUCAUUUGUAUCUGAGGCGACUGUUCAGUUACUUAAUCUUACACGUAUAUCAGUGAGUGGUUGGGUGUCCGGUGUGGGAGAGGGGCAAACGAAAAUUAAACACAUGGUUUCACUCUGUGUGAAAUCACGCCACAAUCCAAAUGAGUCAAUUAGAGUAAAUGCGUAUGUACUGCGCACAUUAACAACACUGUUACCCACUAGUUAUCUUACAUUCCCCGAAUGGUUAGAACUUCAAGGACUGGAUUUGGCCGAUCCAGAGUUCACAACACCAGGUAAAAUAGAUAUAUUACUUGGAGCUGAGGUUUAUGGCAACGUACUGUUGGGUGGUAUUAUCAGGCACCCUGAGGGCAAUUUAGUGGCUCAAAAUACAAUCCUAGGGUGGGUGGUGUCUGGUAGGACGACACUUGAAGAUAAAACAGGAAGGAAACGCAUCACAAACCUACAUGCACAGAUAAAUGACGAUGAUUUAUUGAGACAAUUUUGGGAAAUAGAGAGGGAACCAAACAACAUAAAAAGAAAGUUUUCAAAAGAAGAAGAAAUGUGUGAAGAAUUUUAUGAUGCCACGACCGUGAGAGAUGAAAACGGACGAUUUGUAGUAAGAUUACCAUUUCAGAACGAAGAUCCAGAAUGUAAAUAUGGGGGUUUGAGGGAGAUAGCCAUUAAAAGAUUUGAAUGUUUAGAAAAAAAGUUGUCAAAAAAUCCUAAAUUGCAAGAUGAAUACCGUAAAGUAAUGGAUGAAUAUUUAAAAUUAAAUCACAUGGUAGAAAUCACUCCUUCAGAAAUUGAUAAACCGGCUGUCUAUCUUCCUCAUCACGCAGUGUUGCGAGAAGACAAGUUGACUACAAAGCUUCGUGUAGUGUUCGACGCUUCCUGCAAGGGUACAAAUAACGUGUCUUUAAAUGAUAACUUGUGUGUUGGACCUCAACUUCAGCAAGAGUUGCGAUACAUUUUAAUGAGAUGGAGAACACACAGAAUCUGCAUAACAUCUGAUAUAAUUAAGAUGUAUAGAAUGGUUAGAGUAUCAGAUGCUGACACAGACUAUCAGAGAUUAGUGUGGAGGUCUUCACCCGACGAGCCUAUUAAACACUUCAAACUUUUAAGAUUAACUUUUGGCACUGCUUGUGCACCAUACCUCGCUGUGAAGUCUCUACAAACACUUGCUAAAGAGGGGCAGUCAACUUGUCCUAUCGCUGCACAAAUAACAAUGUCUGACUAUUACAUGGAUGACCUGCUUUCUGGCUGCGACACAGAAGAGCACGCAGUGAAAAUAUACCACGAGAUGAACAGCUUAAUGAACUCUGGGGGAUUCCAACUACAAAAAUGGAGUAGUAACAGUAAAGCUGUUCUACAGUACAUCGGAAAGAAUAAUUGUGACGAUCAUGAGUUACCUUUAAAGGUCAAUAAUGUUGUUAAAGUAUUAGGCGUAAACUGGAAUCGUGAAACCGAUAGUUUUGAAUACACAGUCAACUUGCCGGAGCCUCAACAACCUGCAACUAAAAGAACUAUUCUUUCCGAAAUAGCUAAGCUAUAUGAUCCUUUGGGAUGGAUAGCUCCCGUUGUAGUAGUCGCAAAGAUUAUCAUGCAGAAAUUGUGGAAGACAGGGCUCGAAUGGGAUGAGCCUAUUGACGGUGUCUUGCUAGCCGAGUGGAAUCGAUAUCGGGAGAAUUUAGCACACAUCAUAGGCCUUAGCAUACCACGAUGGCUACACUAUAGUAACACAUCAAGUGUAGAGUUGCACGUCUUCGCAGAUGCUUCGCAAGCCGCAUAUGGAGCAGUAGUGUACAUGCGAGUCAUAGACGAAGAGAGAGUAUACGUCAGUCUUAUAACGUCCAAAACGAAGGUAGCACCAAUAGAGAAACAAGUCUCAAUUCCAAGAUUGGAAAUCUGCGGUGCGGCGUUAGCGGCUAAACUAAUACUAGAAACAUCUCAAGUGAUGUGUGUGCCUAAAAACAAGUUAUUUGCGUGGACAGAUUCCACCAUUGUACUUGCUUGGCUAAAGGGUGGGCCAAGCAGGUGGAACACUUUCGUGAGCAACAGGGUGUCAGACAUACUUAACACUGUAGAUUUCGAACAAUGGGGGCACGUAUCUACAGACAUGAAUCCUGCCGACUGUGCGUCACGGGGUUUACAAGGAUCAGAAUUAUUAAAUCAUUCCCUGUGGUGGAAUGGACCAACUUGGCUGUCUAACCUAAAUAUGAAUAUAAACUACGUUCCUUACUACGAAGAUACGCAUGAGGAGGAACGCACGAGAUCUUUAACUGCUAUAUACAAUACUGAGAAAGAGUACUCCAAAAAGAAUACCACGCAGCUAAUGGGUCAGUUACCUGACGUGAGGGUAAAAGCCGAUAGGGCUUUUAAAUCAUCUGGUGUGGACUACGCAGGCCCCAUCAACAUUCGUUUCUCGCCAGGCAGAGGAGCUAAAUCGUACAAGGGAUACAUAUGUUUGUUUAUCUGUAUGGUAACGCGGGCCAUACACUUAGAAGCUGUUACAGACUUGACUGCUAAGGCAUUCAUUGCGGCUUUCCGUCGCUUCACGUCGAGAAGAGGUCAUUGUCAAGAUGUUUACAGUGAUAACGGCACCAAUUUCGUGGGUGCAGAUAGACAACUGAGGGACAUGUUCAACAGUGCCAAGUCUUCCAUUCCUGGUGAAAUAGCAGAGUUGCUUGUUCUUGAGCGUACUACCUGGCAUUACAUACCUCCUCACGCACCCAAUUUUGGCGGUCUGUGGGAGGCUGGCAUACGCAGUACCAAAACUCAUCUUAGGAAAGUCAUUGGAGAUGCUACACUUACGUUCGAGGAGUUAACCACAUUUAGACAGAUGGAGGCUAACACAAAAAAUGGUCAACGAUUUCUGGAACAGAUGGCACAAAGAAUAUCUCGUAAAUUUGAACCUAAGAUAUAA